AUGGAUAAUAUAAUCGAGAAUUCUUUAAACUUCUGGUAAUAGAGACUCAAUACAACAAUUAAAGAUCAAACUUAAAUCCUAAUAAUUCCAAAUAAAAUUUCAAUAGUAGAUAGAGUAGUAAUAAAAUCGGCUUGCUUCUGGAAUAGGAUGGCCGAUGAAUUCUUAGCUAAAAGUUCCACAAACAGAUCUAUGGAUAGUGUAUCCUCUUAGCCAAAAAAACAGUAGAUAUCCGAUUGCUGA